AUGAGUUUGCCAAAUCAUAUAUAAUUAGGAGACGACAAUUUCUUAAAUUUAUAAAAUUAUGGUAGUGAUCCUGAUUUCUUAUACUUCUCCUCAUUAAAAGAAACAAUCGGAGUAUGUGAGAAGUCUAUUUAGCAUGACGUUAAAGAAUUAAAUUUGAGCACUCCAUUCGAAUCUUUAAACCAAACAGUAGAGUUUUCAGAGAGUGCUUUGGAAAAGUUGAGAGAGAAAAGCAUCAAAUAAAUAGAUUAGUAAACAAAUAUAUUCACUAAAAGCUUAAAGAAUUAAAUUUCAGAAUACCAUUUCAGAAAUUCCAUAUAAAUUAACUAAAAUCUUAAGAAUAAAAGCUAAAAUUCUUUUGGAUUAGUUGAAGAUUUUGACAGUGAAAUACAAAAAAUCAAAGACUGUGCACUAGAUUAGUGGAAUUUUAAUAAGUUAAAAGGAAACAAUCCUAGCAAAUGGCCCUUUGAUUUAAGUGAUUUUAUUAAAGACAUUAAAAAACAACCAUUGCUAUCAUAGUUUAAUGAGCCAGAGUUUUUCAACCAAGAAUUUAUAAAUAAGGUGAAAUAGGUAAUAAAGUAAAAUUUAGCUGUAUUGCAAUAAAGCUAGGUAGAACAAAAAAAUAGAAAGUCUGCUUUAGAUUUAAUUAUAGAUUCAACUAUUGCUAUUUUCUACGUUAAUUUCAAUAGAGGUAGCUUUGAAGAUUUGAUUUAAAUUUUAGAUAUUAUUGAGGAGAGUAAACAGCUAUUAAAUGAAGCUGAAUAGGAUAUUUUUAUUUAAAGAUUUAGUGCAGUUGUAAAUCCAUGUUUUGAUAAAAUUGAGAAACAAAUAAAAAUGGGAAGUAAAUUACAUUAUAUGAGAAAUCUAUGUGAUUAGGGAGGGUUUAAAGUAUCUAGUUUUCAAUAAUUCUAUAAAUAAUCCUUCUUUACAACUUCAAUGACAACAGAUGGAACUUAUUUGUAUAUUUACAUAAGCUCAGCCGAUGGUGGCAUUUACAAAGUAGGUACGGGAAACAAUAAUACUAUUCCAGGAAAAGUAUAUGCAAGCUAGUAAGUCAGCAAACAAGAAGAAAUAUGCUGGACAUAUUUAAAAGGAAGCUUAUAUUUAAGAACUUCAACUAAGGAGCAGUCUGGACUAAUAGAUAUAUAUAAUUGUGAUACAUUAGAAUAAGUAGAUACAAUUUAGCUAAAAAAUGAAGAUAUAUUUGAAGGAGCUUAGUAGCAGUAGCUCAAUAAGAACUUCCCUUUAUUAAGUGAUGGGGAUUAUCUUUAUAUAAUUGGAAAGAAGAUAGUUGUUUAAAACUUGAAAGAUACUAAAGCACCAGAAGCCAAAGAUUUAAUACCAGUUCCACCACCUCCCAAUUUGACUUAAAUAAAUGAGGAUAAGAAGAAGGAGAAGAUUAAAGCACCAGAAUAGCCUUAAGCUGAAGAAUAGGCAUCCUAAAAAUUAGUAAAAAAAAUUAAAGCAAAGGCAACAAAAAGUAGUACUUCAGCAGUUACUUAAACUCAGCCUCCAGAAGAUAAUGAAUAAAUUCGCAUGAUAGAAUUCUAUCUUUACAAGUAUGACAUAGAGUCUCCUAUGAUAGAGAAAAAGAAAGAAAAAGUAGAAGAAGAAUUUAUUUAAAUUGAUGAAUACUAACUUCUUGGAAUUUAAGAGUAGUACCAACCUGAAUUAAAUAAGCAACCAUCUUAGGUUUAGUAAUAGCAACCACAAUAACAGCCUUAAGAUUUAAAUUAGGAAAAAUAACAACCUGAGUAAGAAAAGAAUUAGUAGUAGCCAGAUUAGAAAAAUGAGGAAGAGCAAUAAAAGUAAAGCAGUAUUUAAUUACUUGAGAAAGAAAGUAAGAAAAUUGAUGUAAAUAAAAUACAAGAGGAAUAAAAGAAAGAUGGUAGCAAAACUACAAUUCCUUAGACUCCAAGCUCUAAAUAAGAUGUAAAAAAAGAGUAGAAAAAAACAAAAUUUGGAAUAAUUUAAAAGACUUUAUUAGCACAAUCAGAAAUAGCACAAGAGACAUAAAAAAAUAUCAAAAAUACAUCUGAUAUUGUUGUCAAAGAACAUUCUAUAAUACUUCCUUUAAAUGUUUCAUGUUCUUUGUGGACAAUGAAUAAGGAUUAAAUUACUCUUUAUAGUGAACAGGGUAUUAAAAUAUUUUCUAAAAACCCAAAAGAUAUUCAUGAAAUAGAUCCUUAAGCAUAUUUUAAGUUCAUGAACAGUAUUAAAAAUAACGAGAAUUUAUCUGAAGCAAAUAAUUAGUUUCUUAAUAAAAUAUUUUAAGGAGAUGAGUAGUCAUUAAACAGUUUAAAGGAAAGCAAUGACUUUUUAGCUAAAUUCAAUCAUACUAUUCGCUUUACAUCUAAAGAUAAAUCAGCUACUAUGUAUUAGGAAAUAUAAAAGUCCUUUUAACAAAAUAUUUAGUAGAUGUAGUAGCUUAAUGGCUAAGCUUCUUUAUAAAUUGAAGGCAAAAAGUUAAGCAUGAAGAAAGAAGAAUCGAUAAGAAAAGAUAGUGGAACAUAGCCUUUAGUGGCUACUGCUACUGACAAAAAAGCUUAGAGCAGUUCUGGAAAAAGAUUAAUGAAAACAACUCUUAUAACAAAAUUAGAUAGUAACAAAAAGAUUCAUCAAAAUAAUCCAAGUUAUCAUGUUUGUUAUGAUAUUAAAAAUGGAGUCUAUUAUGUAUUAAAUUGGUUACUUAAUCCUUAUACUAAUGUAUUCCCUUCUUUAAUUACAUUAGUGUUUGAUCAAAAUAAGUACAUAGAUCAAAAAUUACACUCUUAUAUUGAUAAAGUUGACACCUUAAAUAACUUUUCUUCAAAUAUAGCAAGCUAAAGUGAAAAUUAAACUUCAAACUCUCAUAUUUUUGAAGAAUUCUCUAUUCAUUUUAUGAAAAAACUUUUAAUUUUAUAGAGGUAUCGCUUAGAAUUUCCAUGGAAAUUAAAUAGAUGGGAUUAUACAUACGGUUAUUCUUUAAGCGAAUUAAAUUCUAAAAAAUCUAAUUCAACUGCCAGUUCAAGCGUUAUUGCAGCAGAAGAAAAGAAAUUAUUAAGCAGACAAAAAACAAAGCUAUUAUAGCGCUUAAAUAAACAACUUGAAUACUAAAAACCUCUGAUAUAAAAAGAGAGAGAAUAAUUAAAAAGCUAGUAGAAGGCUUUAAGAGAAAUUCAAAAAAUUUAUGCCUUUUGUAUUAAUGGGUCUGUUGAAACAUUUAAUUAUAUUUAUUAAAAAAUAGUUAGCUUUUUAGAUUCUUUUGAUAAAUCUUCAAAUUUAGCCUAAAGAAAAGCUAUUUUAUUACUUACUUCUCUGCUUUACUGGCUAAAGCAUUGCUAGCUCUUAACCAUCAGAGAGUAAUAAAUGGAUGAAAAAUUUUCUCUCUUAAUUUAAAAAUUCUUUAACUUAUUAUAAGAUUAAUAAGUUUCUGUAGAUAUAAAGCAAUUAAUGAUUACGAUUAUCUAGGAAAGCUGGAGUUUUUUAACUAAAAAUCAUUAAAACUAAAUAAAUAUUUUAAAUCAAAUAAAAAAUAUUCAAAGCAGCAUAAAAGAUACAAAUUUAUCUGAUAACCUUAAUUGGAUUGAAAUAUUGUAUAAGAAUUAAGUUGAUGUAUGCUAAUCAAUUUUAAAAGACUUCCCUUUAAAAGAAUACAUGGUUGAAUAAAUAAAAGAAUCAGAUGUAGUUGAUGAAGUUGACUAGAACACUAAUAUUAAUAAUAUUUAUAGAAGAAACAGAUAUUUAAAGGUCACUCAAAAAACUUUUUGCGAACCUAUUGCCCGUCUCCUUUUCGAUGAUAUCACUUAUUGCAAAGAAAUUUUGAUUUAUCAUAGCAGCUUUGAAGAUUUAUAUGAUCAGCUUUUUGUAUAUCCUGAAAAAUCUCCUAAAACAUUAGAAAACUCUUAGUUAGAUGCUAAAAAGAAGGAAAUUGAAGAAGAUGAGGAAGACAUCUACAUAUCUUAAAGUUAAAUUGAAAAGCACAAGGAAUACAGUUAGACUUUUUGGAAGAUGAUAGAAGAUGAGGCAAUAAGCUCAUGCUAAAUAAGCGAUAUUACUUUAUAAUAAAAUUUUAAGAGUGGCUUAUUAUUAUGGAAAUUAGUAAGAUAUCUUUUGGAAGAGUUCUAAAUAUAGCUCUUAAAAAUAAAGAAUGGCUAAAUUGAAUGGGAAUAAAGAUACAAAAUUAGCAAAAGGUUCAUCAAUUUAAUUGAAAGUGCAUUAGAAUGUCUAGCUCAAAAUAUAAAAAAUAUCUAAACUGCUGCAUCAAAAGACUAUCUCAGAUAACUUAUAUAGGAAAUUAAUGGAUGUCUUGCUUUGUACUUACAAUUGAGCUUUGCUUCUUCUAUUUCUGUUUAUCCUAAGAGCAUUGAUAUUUUUUACACACUCAAAAAGAUAUUUGCUCAUAUGAAAAAAAUUUUGAUGGUAGAAAAAGGAUCUGUUUAGCAAAAUGAAGGCACAACUAAUUCAGAUUAAAAUGACAAUUUACCAUCCGAAUUAUGUUUCGCUGAACAGAUUUACGCUAAUCACUCUGAAGGUCUUGAUUAAACUAUUGAAAAAGUAUUUGAAACAAAUCAUCCUUACGAGAGAGGCAAAGUAAUUUAGUUUGAGCAAAAUAUGUUCCCUGGCGCUAUUGCAAUAGCUAUCCACUUUGAUAAGAGGUGUUAAUCCGAUGCUAGCAAUGAUUUCCUACAAAUUAGUGGAUGGUAUGACUACUAAAAAGGCACACAAACAGGAUACAAUAUUUAAAGUAGAGAAGGAUUAGGAAAGACAUUCAAACUUUCAGGUAAAGCUGUUCCUAAAAGGUAGCUCAUUCUUCUAGGAAAUACUAUUCAAGUGGAGUUCCAUUCCUCUGGUCAUGCAAAAGACGAAAAAUCUCUCAGCAGAUGGGGAUACAAAAUAAGUGCAAGACCUAUUUAUGGUAUGAAUAAAAAAAUGUGGUCUGAGGAAGAAGCAUCUGAAGAGUUUAAAAAAAUUAUUGACAGAUUUGGCAAUGAAGAUUUACUAACAGAAUGGCUUAAUACUAUGAAAUUAUGCAUUAUUUCUAUAUCUGAAGCAAUUAAAAAUAUUAGUUAGAAUUCAAUUGUUUCAGCAAAAGAAAAAAAUUUGAAUAACUUUUUGAAGUUAGCUAUUUUAAAAAAUGGCUAUAGCUCUAAGAACAGAGAAGAUUAUCUUGUAAGAUUUGAAGAUUUCUCAACUAAUCCAGCUCAAGGUUUAUGGGAUAUCUCAAAUGUAGUAGCAACUUAAGGAUUUGAACAAGCCCUAGCUAUUUUCUAAAAGUUUUAAGUACCUACUACACAUGAAAACACACAUUCUUCUUUAAAAUAAGAUUUGUACUUUAAACUCUAUAGAUAAUUAAGUGAUGACUAUGUUGAAAGAUGUUUUAAAUAUAACUUCUGCAAAGAAAAAUAAGAAUAAAAUCAAGAUACAGAACCUACUAUUGCUUCUAUUAACUGGAAUGUUUAAGUUACUAACUCAAUUUUAUCUAGCUACAUCAAAUAAAUUCAGGAAAAGCAAGGAGAAUUCUAUAAUUUUUAUUAAGAGGUCAGCUCUAAAUUAAAAGAUCCUACAUAAUACACUCAUGAAAAGAUUAGACCUACUUUUAAAAAGGAGUUCAAAGAGCUUUGGUUCUAGUGUGAAGCCUUACUGUUUUUGGCAUGUUUGUAUCACUGCGGUCUGAUUUAGAUAGGCCUUUCAUAAAGUAAAGAAUAUAUCAUAGACCAUUUGCAAGGUUUGUAAACUACUCGUAAUGAAAUUAUUGCUAAAAUGCUUAAUCUAGUCUAGUAAGAGAAAGAAUUUUAACACACCAUUGAGAGUCUCUAUGAGGCUAAAGUAGAAUUUGAUGAUGAAUAAAAUAAAAUACUCUAGGAAAAGAAGGCUUAGUUAGAAUAAAUAGAAAAAGAAGAGUAGCUAAAGAAAAAAUAAUAAGAAGAGGCUGCUCAAAAACCAGCUAUCUAAAGCAAACCUACUGAGAAAAUAGUAAAAUAAGGUAAAAAAAUUAAAUUUAUCAGGUAGGGAGCUCCAAUAUCAAGUUCAAAUAAACCAAAAUCUUCAUAGCCUUAAAAAGAAGUAGGUAAUUAGUAAACUAAUUAAACAUCUGCAUCAAACACUGAAAAAAAUAAUGAAAAAGAAUCUUAAAAGCUACAAAAUGGAGAAAAAAGAGUACCAAGAAGAGUGGAAAGGAUUGAGGAUGAAAACGAAGAAGAGAAGGAAUAAAUAGAAAGCGAUGAAGAAAUCUAAGAGGAUAUCGACUUUAAUCGUUAGCUCAGAAGAACUGCUUCACGCAAAGUUCUUAAUAAGUAAAUGAGUUAGAAAGAAGAAGAGUUUUAAUUUUAACCAGAACUUGAAUCAUUCUUAUGGGAAAAAUUCUAAAAAAGAUAUGGAGGUGGUAAUAAUGAUGCUCUGAAAUAACUUUGUGAAUCUCGAAACAUUUCUUAUGAUGAAGAUGAUAUAUUAACUACAACAAAAAGAAUUUACAAUAUUUGCAAAUAAACCUUAAUUAAAUUAGUAAAAAGUUAAAAGGAUGCAAGCAAAAAGUAAGGUGAAUCUUCAUUUUAAUUGCAAAUUUUAGAAUAGAGAUCUGCGUAUGAAAUUAUUGGAGUUUAAAUAGCAUAAAAGUGUCUCUUUUUAUUGUCUCUUAACUAUAAGCAAGCUUAUGCUUAAAGUACAUCAAGCCAAACAAAUCAAUCGAUUGAUGGUAGUGUAACAGAUAUGAUGGAUGAUUUACCUGAUUUAGCUGGAGGAUUGUCAAGAGGAGAUUCAACUUUCUCUGAUUUGGACAUAAAGCCAGUUGGAGUUAAUAGAUCUAUAUCUUAGCCUAUAAAUGAAAAAACUAUUGAUAAAGAUAAACUUAGAAGUUUUAGAGCUUGGGUUGAUUCUUACUAAAAAUGGAAGCAAUACAGAAAGUAAGAUGAAAUACCUGAAAUUUUCGAAUAAACAGAAGAGUACAAUGAACUUUAUUCUAUCCAUAACUAUAACCCACUAAAAUCAAUAGCGUUUUUCCUUUGUUCUAAUGUCAAGUGUGAUGAUAUCAAAACAAUACUAGAUCACUAAGACUAUCGUUGCUCAAGAAGAAUUGCAUCAAUUUCUUUGUUAAAUUCUGUUUACUCUCUUACCUCAAACACCUGCUUCGAAAGGUAUGUGAUAGGCAUUGUAAACGAUUUACUUGGCUGCGAUUUACACUAAGAUGUCACUUGUGCAGGUAGAAAUCUAAAAGAACUUUACGUAGAAGAGCUAAAAACCAGUUUUACAAAGUCAAUUGAGGUUAUAAACAAAAAAGUUGAGAAGAUGAUGAAAAUUCGUCUACAAGAUAUGAUAAUCCAAGUCUAAAAAGUGAAAUUUGAGAAUAAAAUGAAUAUUGGUUUAAAUGGAAUUCUCUAGGAAUAGCUGAAAACAAUCAACUUAGCAUUGGCAGAUAUUUUGACAAUGGUCAGCGGAACCAGCGAUUUGCUUUGGAAAAUUCGUAGAUUAACUUCAUAAGGAAACUCUCAAUCUUCAUCAGCAUCAAACAAUACUUAGAAUAAUGACUAAUACUGGGCAGGCUUGAAUACAUUCUUCUCAAAUUUACUCAGUGUUGGAUUAAUUUCUACAUCUUUUUCAUAAAUGUAUAAUAAAUUUGAAGACAUAGUGUUAUUAGUAAAUUAUAUGAACCAUCUAGUUGAAAAUAUUUUAAAUAAAGUAAUUCAGUCUGCACCUUACAGAUAUGUAGAAGUAUUGAUAGAAGUUAUUCACAACCAUAUUAUGAAAGAGUAUGGCUUAUAAAAGAUAGCAGGUGCAGAAGAAAAUAAAAAAGAAAACUAUGAAAUAAAUGCUCGUGUUUUCUUAAGAAUAUUUGACCCAGUAGGGCAGUUAAGACUUUCAUUUUUACUUUAGACUCUAGAUUAUUGUCUUUCAAAGAGAUAUUCACCAAUGAGAGAAAAAUAGAAACAAGCAAAGAAGAAUGUCACAAGUGACUUGCCAGUUUUUUAUGAGCUCACUCAAAGCUUACUUUUCUAUGCUUACCAAAGUGAAACACCUGUUUAAGUAAGACUAGUAUUAAGGUGUUUAAAGAAACUUUCUCAUUUGUUUAUUAUUAAUGAUGACUAAGCUAAAAAUAAUAAUAUAUUAUCAUCACCAUUUAAUCCUAAAUAUUUCUUUUACGAAGUUUAAAACCUUUAAGAGAUAAGUGUUCACUGUUCAAAGGAAUUAACUUAAAAUUACAUGCAAAUCCUCCAAACAAUUCCUAAGCCUGUUUUAAAAAAGACCUAUCUUGAAUUCAAUAAGCCAUCAAGCAAAAUUUUCCCACUCCAUUAUAUUAAUUUGCUGUUUGAAAAAAUCGGAAAUUAUAUUCUGAAUGAAAAGGGUGAAUAAAGUGAGCCUACUUUAAGAUAAUCUCUAACCAAACUUUUGACAAAAGUUCAAAUUUCUAAUUAAUUUAAGAAUAGAAACAGCUCCCUUUAUUUGACUUUUAACUCAGAAUAAAAUAAAAAAAGAGAUAAAAAUGCUUCUGUUGUUGAAAAGAGUGAUAAUUCUUCUAAUACUUAUAUUGUUCUUGGAUAGCUUAGUGAAGAAGAAGAUUUAACAUUCUUGCUUAAAGUUCUUUAUUAUUGGGAAGAACUCUAUCCAACCUCUACUUCAUUAUCUCUUCCAAAAACAGUUGAAUCCUAUCUAGAACAGAAAAAGAUUCUUGAUCAAAAAAAGGAGACCCUUUAAAAGACUACUGCAGCUAGUUAGAGUCAAACUGAGAAGGUUGAUGCUGAUGCAAACAGUUCUCAUUCUCAAAGACUUCAUAAAUUAAUGGAUAAAAUAUUUAUUGCCCUCCCUGAAAUUAAUGGUAUUUCUGAAAAAGAAGAAGAAUUACCAGUUGGAUGGUAGUUUAACUAUAUUGGGUUAUUCAGUGAUCUUACUGUAUUUUAAAGUGAUACAAAAAGAGGAAAAAUCAAAAAGAAAGUUAAAUAAGUUUGGUAAAAUCUUGGUAUAGCUACUUUGAUGAAAAAAAUGGAUCAAGCUGACAAGGAUAUUAAAGAAUUUGAAGAAACUGAUACAAUUGAAACAAAAAUGGAAAUAAUCAAGGCUAAGAAUUUUAUCCAUCGCAUACAAGCUCAUCUCAAAGAUAUUUAGACUAUUGCCUCUCUAUUUAACAUUUUUGGAUAUGGACCUAUGUUUGAUUUCCUUCCUUAGGAUAAGGCUUAAGAAUUAGCAUCACUUGUUAAUUUUGGUAUAAAAAAUUAAUUAAAGCCUAUACCUCUUGAUGGAAUUAAGGAAUAAUAUAAAAAAAUAAUUGACCCUAAUGAUAUUUGCCUUCCCCGCGCUGAAAAGAAAUCAGUAGUAUCAAAAGAUCCAGAACCUGAAAAAUAGUCACAGAUGGUAGUUUAAAUUUGUAGCGGAUCUAUCUUCCCUCAGUAUGAAAUAGGCAUAGAUAUAAUUACUUCUCUUUCUUCCAAAGAAUCAUUUUUCACUGAAGCAAAUGCAUAAAGUAUAAUUCAAACUCACUGUAAGGGAGGAUAAUCAACAAAUAAUAUAGUUAGUGAUUUAAUUGAAUUUUUCAGAUAUCUUUGUGUAAACGAUGAGAACUAGUUUAAUUUAUAGCAGACUAACCUUAAGUUGAGUCUAGAAUCGAUUAUAACAAAGAACUGGGAAUCGGAAUUCUCCCCAUUAGAUAGAAGUGUGAUAACAGGUAUCCUUAAUGUUGUUGGUGGAUGGCCACAAUCUGUCAGAUAAACAGCUAAGUGUAUUUUGAAUAAUGUAGAUUACGAAUAAGAUACUGAAUGUGUCUUGUCAGGAGGUAUAGGAAGUGGAUAGAAGAAAUGUAAUAUUAUUUCUACAUGCAGCCCAACAGUCGCUGUCUAAACCGUUUAACUUAGAAAUAUAACUCCUAUGUAUGAAGAAGAAUGGGCUAUAGAUAAAUUUGAUUGUUUUUCUGAAUUGUUUUAGGCAAUUCAAAAGUGUGCCACUUUAAUGAAUGGAGCUAAUAUUGGGUAACCCAUAAAACAAAAAACACCAGAGCCUAAAAAAGCGGAUGAGUAAAAGGAUCAAAAAGCAGAUGAGUAAAAGGAUCAAAAACCAUCAGAAGAAUCUGAAAAACCUAAAUCUGGUAGUGAAGGGGAAAAAUAAGAAUAAGAAAUACCUGAUUCUAAAGAGCCAGCUUAAAAUUAAUAAACUGCAGCCACAGAGACUUCAAAGUAAGAAAGUGAAUCACAAAUAGCAACAGAAGAAGAGGAAAAAAAUAUACAAUAAUAAUAUUAAUGGAGAAUUAGAGUAGGAUUAUUGAUGAGAUUUUUACUUUAAAUUGCAAACAAGCUAGAAUGGAAUAGAGCAGUUGAGAAAAAUUUAUUAACCAAGGAACAAGGUCUAAAACUUCUAGAAAUCAUUGAUUCUAUGUGCAAGCAAGGAUUAUCUUAGGAGAAAAUGAAUUCUAUAGCUUGUGAAGAGGAAUUUAUUAGCUCAUGGGAACAAUACAUUGAUAAAAACUAAUCUGCUCUCGAAUGGAUUAAAUUCCCUAAAAUGUUCAACCGUUCUAAGAAGAAAUACACUUUCUUGAAAGAUUCUUCUGAAAACUUCCCCUCUUUGAAAAAAUUAACAUCAUCUUAAGCCGCUGAUGAAACAGGAGAUCUCAGAGACUUCAUCUUUUCUCCAUCACCUUAUAUUGAGUAACUUCCAUAAGAUUAACCUGAAAUAAGUGAAAAUAAAUUACUUAAAUAUUGGGAAAAAUUCGUUAUUCCUAAAAUUUAUGAUUUUGUUAAAUCAACAUUAAAGCCUUAUGAGCUUGAAGAUUUCUUCGAGCAAAUUCGUUAUCCUCUACGUAAAGGAGACCAAACUAGAGCUAUGAACGUUGCUUAUAUUAUUUGUGAAAAGAACCUACCUUCAGGUGUAGUUCUUCCUGAUGCAAAUCAUGACUGGUCAACUAUUUCAAUUGAAGAUGUGCGUGUUGGAUAGUGGCUCUUAGCAUCUAUUAUUAAUAAAAAAACUAAUUCUUUACUUACUCCUUUCUUUUCUCGCGAAAAAUUACUUGCUGGAGGUAAUACUAAUAUCCCAGUUUUGGCUAUAGGAAUAGAUGCUCGUAAUUCAGCUGUACUCUGUCUCUACCAAGACCAUGAUCGUUCUCAUCUCAUCUCUGUUUGGAUUCCUGUAACUUGCCUAAAAAAUCCUGAAUAGCCUAUUCGCCCUCCUGCCUCUAGCUAUUCAUUAAAUUAUAUAAGCGAGUCUUUCCUUUAAUCUAUGAUUAGAAGUAUCACAGUUCUAUCAAGAUAAGUUCUGCUUUAGUUCUUUUCUUUAGGAACUAACGCGCUUACUUAAUUGCCUACAGUUGACGUUCUUGUAAAGGAAAACAAUCUAUUAAAUGAUUUAAGAUUAUCAUUUUUGGAAAUAAUUAGAUCCUCCAUUAUUGAAGAAAUAGUAGAUGACCCAUUAUUUGGGUGGAUAAAGACUAAUGGAUCAAUUCUUUAUCUAUAGAGCGAUCUUUAUAAACAAAUUAAAUAGUAACAUUCACAUAUCUCGUUUGUUCCUAAGUAAGAAAAUGACUAGUUCGCUUAGCUUAGAAGUCAUAUAAAACAUGAUACUUCAGCUCACCAUGACCAUUAGGCCCACUUAUAUCCAUUUAAAAAAUUACGUUAGAUUCAACACUUCAUAGACUGGGCUGGCUUAGAAAAUAAAACCACUAUCAAUUUAUUAUUUGAUUUUAUCAUGCAAAGCUUCAAACCACAAAUAACUUUAAUCAAUAGAUAUGUGUAAGAUAUAAAUAUAGUUAACUUAGCUUAAUCAAACUCUCCAGAUGGACAAGUAUAGAAUUCAUCAAAUUCAAAACCUUUCCGUCUUUGCUAAUUUGAAGGACCUGACUCAGAACAAAUUGGUGCAAUAAUUCUUUCAUUCCGUAAAGAUGCUUUCCUUGGGGUUUAUUCAGGCCUUAAAUUCUUUGAAGAUGAGCUGGGAAUCAAUAAAAUUUCAUAGUUAAAUGCAGGAAAGCAAUCUAAAAAAAGUAUAGAACCUAUGAUGUUCAAGGGUCGUGAUGUAUACUGUAGUUACUAUUUCAAUAAACACUAGUUAUCUCCUUUGGAACAAGAUUCAAAUUAAAGCACACUUCCCUGCGUAAUUUAUGGAAUUCCAAAAGACUGGAAUAUGGUAUGCUGGUUAAUAGAUUCUGUUUCAAGCUCUUUGAUGAAAAACAAAGAUGAUAAAGAAUCUCUUGAGAAGUUAGGAAAAAUAAUGACUCUCUUAACAGAAAGCUUCGAUUAUCUUAAAGGUCCUUGCAUAGUUAAAUAGCUACUUGCUAAACUUAUUAUAAGAACUGCUAGAAAGCUUAGAUUCUUAGUAAGAAGCUAGAUCUAUAGUGGAGUUCUCAUUCCGAAUUCAAAUGAAUAGAUCAAAUAACAUUGGUAAAUACUUGGAGUAAAACAAGAAUUUGUUAAGAAUAAUAUUACUAAAGCCAAUGAAAUCAAAUCAAGGUUUAGUUAAGAAACCAAUCUUUAUUCAUCUUUCACACAAGAUUAUAUUGAAAUGCUUUAAACUUUAACUGUCCCAAUUAUUCAUUUAAAAGAAGAUCUCUUCACCAUAAACCCUAAAUAGCUAUUGUCUGAGAACUAAGAUAGCUAAAGUUUACCUAAAUGGUUAGAAGUUGGUGCUAAUUUACAAAUUUUAAUGAACUUUUUUGAAGAUUAAGGACUCUUAUCAAAUGAAAUUUAUAAUAAAUUUUAAAAUAUUUAAAUGGAGUUCGAGAAUUUGUAAUAAGAAGGUAUUAUUAUGAUUAAAAACUUACCUUCUGAAUGGACUAUUGAGGAGACACGCUCUCAUAUCUUAUUUGUUUUAGAAAAAAGCAAAUUGAGAGUACUAAAUCCUAGUUCAGACAUAUUUGUUCUCUCUGAAGAUUAAUACAAGCAUUUAUAAUCAAAGUAAAAAUAAUCUGAUGAACUAGAAGUUCCUCAAAGCCAACAAUAGACUUAAAACAAAUCUUAGAAAUUGUGUAUAGUUUUAACAGAUGGGUCAGCAGUGUUAGACUUAGAAGAAGUAGCUCAAGAAAAGAAAAGAGAGUAAGAAGAAAAGGAAAAGCUUGAAGCAUAAUAAAAUGGUACAGACAAAGAAGCAGAAGGUAAUUAAGCUCAACAACCUUAAGCACCAGCACAUCCUGAAUUCUGGUCAUGCGACACCUGUACUUUAUAAAAUGCAUGGGAGUCUUAAAUAUGUGAUGCUUGCGAAUCACCUAAACCAGAAAAUAUUCCCCUUGAAAAUGAUGAUAAAGGUGGCGAUGAGAAAAAAGAAAAUGAAAAUCAACAAGAUUAAGAAGCAAACGAAAUACCUCUUGAUGAAAUAUUAGAAAAUGAGAGGAAGGAAGAAAUAGAAAAAGUUAACAAAUUCCUUGAAAAUAUGAAGUCUUUUGUUAAUGAUUAUUAUAAGACUAAGAAAUAAACCCUAAGUAAUUAAAUCACUGAGUUAAUUAAUCAAAAAAAGGAGCUUGAAGAGACAUUCAACAAAGAAAAAGAAUAAUUAGAGUAAGAGAUAAAAAAAAAAUCUUUGAAGGACUAAAAGAAAUAAGAAAAAUUAAAAUUAUUAGAAGAGUCUAAGAAACGUAAGGAAGAUAAGAGGAAAAGCAGCUCUAAAAAGCAAUCAAAGGAUUCUUCUGUCAGCAAUACAACUAUAGCAUCUAAUAGUGCUGCAAAUAGUAAUUUGCAAGAUUAAAUUACACUUUAAUAGUUAGAAGAAUAACUGAAAAAUGAGGAAACAAAAUACACCUCUAAAACUUAAGAGAUUGAUUAGAAGAAACAACAAUUUGACUCAGAAAUUUAAGAAAUUGAGCAGUUAUAAGAUAGUUGCUUAACUUUCUAAGGAUAAAAUUCAGUUAUCCUAAACUCAUAUACAUAAUUAUUAGAGAGAUUCUUAUGCCUUAGAUUCCUUGAUGAAUCUCAAGUUAAGGUAAAAUAAUGCGUCCUAAAUAAAUUUGAUUAAAGAUGCCAAAAUCUUUCAAGUAAAUUCCUUGAAGAACUAGCAAGCUAAAUGAACAUUAGUGAGUAUAGAAAUCAUAAAAAUAUUCAAAAUAAAUUUGUUUCUUUGAUUUUAGAUGGUAAGGCCUUGGAAGCUAUAAAGAUACUAAGUAAGUUAGGUCUUGAUAUUCACCUAGAUUAUGUUGCCCACACUAAGGCAGAUCAAAAAUUAGUAUUACCUGCCUAACUUUUAUCAUAGCUUGUUUAAUUUGUAGAAAUCGAAGUUUGCAAGGAAACUAAAAUGGUUCUUAAAUAUAACUCUACUAAUAUUCGUUUCCAUUUAUCCUCUUAUAAUAUUUCUGAACAUGAAAAUCCUAUUGGCUACUCAUCUGAAUCUAGUGUACUCCCAUACAAGAAGUUAACAGAACAGCCUCUUGCUGAUUUAAGAUUUUCAUGGGCACUCUUGAAGUUAAUUAACAAGUUUUUGCAAAAGAAUGUGUCUCUGCUGAACAUGAGUUCAAAGGAAGAACCAUUAGAUUCACAUACUCAAUCUCAAAAAUACAAAAAUGGUGGAAAACUUGAUUUGUCUGUUUCUGAUUAGCUAUCUGAGAAUAGAUCAUUUUGGUUGAGUCCAAUUAAAAUUGAUUUAUCCUAAAAGGUAUUAAAUAUGACAUCUAUCAAGAGAGAUUCUGUGCCAAAAGUAUAAGUAGAAAGACUUAAGUUAUAAAGAGCUUCAGAUGCUGCUGCCCAAGCUGCAUCUUCUUAAGGAUAGAACUAAAUGAAUGACAUAUUUUCUCACCAUAGCACAAAGACUCAAAACUUCAAAAAUAUUGUUUCGAGUCAUCACAAAGAAGAUUUCUUGUUUACAAAGGCAUUUGAUUAAAUUAAAGAUUUCUCUGUUACCCUUUUAAGACCUGUAAAACCUACAGGAACAGAUCCAUUUAUUGCCUUCGAAACUAUUUUUAAGGGAGAAUUAGUUAUGGGUGAAUCUGGUCCUUAUAGAUAAUUUUUCGCAGAUAUUUCAUCCGAGUUACAACCAAAUGUUCUUUCAGCACAUCAAAGAUAGCUUAAUUUAUUAUUACCAUCAACUAAUAACCUUUCUAAGCUAGGAGACGCCAGAGAUAAGUAUGUCGUUAAUCCAUCAGCUAAGAGCUCAUAUCAAUUGCAAUUAUUUGAGUUUUUGGGUGUUUUGAUGGGUACAUGCGUACGCACAGGAACUCAUUUAACUCUUGAUUUACCUUAAAUUUUAUGGAAACAAUUGGUUGGAGAAGAAAUUACUCUUGAAGACCUUGAAGAAGUAGAUCGUCCAGUCUUUGAUAUGAUUAAAUUUAUAGAUUCUUGCGAAAAGACAGUGUUUUAAGAGUCAUUCUUUGAAACAUAUACUACAACUUUAAGUGAUUUAAGUACUGUAGAAUUAAAGAAAAAUGGUUCUAAAAUAAAUGUGACAUAUGAGGAUCGCCAAGAUUAUAUAGCUAGGGUUGUUGAAGCAAAGAUUAGAGAAAGUUCACUGUAAAUACAAGCCAUUAAAAAUGGUCUUACACAAAUUAUUCCUUAAUCAUUACUUAAUACAGUUCGCUCAGCAGAUUUAGAAAUGUGGGUUUGUGGGCGUAAAAAGGUUGACUUUGAUCUACUUAAGCGUCACACAAUUUAUAGUCCAUCAAUAAAUGAAAAUACUCCACACAUUAAAUACUUGUGGGAGGUUUUGCACGAACUAUCUCAUACUGAGUCUUUGAGAUUUGUCAAAUUCUGUUGGGGAUAAGAGCGUCUACCUGCAAAUGAUGAAGAAUUUGAGAGAAAUUAGAUAAGAUUUAUGAUAAAACCUGCUACCUACUAAACUUAUUAACCAGAUAAAGCUCUUCCAAAGGCUGACACAUGUUUCUUCAACUUAGAACUUCCAGCAUAUACUACAAAAUAAGCUUUGAAGACUCAAUUACUUAUAGCAAUAAAUACAGAUUGCGAUUCUAUGAACGCAGAAGACCCAAUCGCACUAGACCCAGAGCCUAAUUAUGGAGGAGAUCCUGGAAAUUACUCAUCAGAUGAAGAAUGUGAAUGA